AGACAUCUAAUGGCCGUGUGUUUGGCGAACGGACUUGGAAUCUCGAAUGACCAGAACAAAGCUGCGCGCAUAUUCGAACACCUCGCCAACGAAGGCCAUAGCGAUAGCCAGUUGUGGAUCGGAAGGUGCUAUCGCUAUGGUCGAGGAGUGUCGCAAGGUUUUGGGAAGGCUUUCGAGUGGUUCAGUAAAUCUGCGAAACAAGGCAAUUCUUAUGGGCAAUGGAGGGUUGGUCGCUGCUACUACCACGGGGUUGGAGCCACCGAGGAUGAAACCAAGGCAAUCGAGUGGUAUCGCAAAUCGGCCGCGCAGGGUAAUCGCUACGCACAAGAUUUUCUUGGCGACUGCUUCCAAUAUGGUCGGGGGGUCCCAAAGAAUAUUGACACCUCCAUCUUCUGGUAUCGCAAAUCCGCCGACCAAGGUCUCGAUUGGGCCAUCAAUAGCCUCCAGUGGCUUGGCCAGUGGCCCUGA